UUCAAAGCUUAUUUACGACGUUUCUCAUUGUCUAUGCUAUAGAUACGCAUCCCGAGCGAUACAUACGGUGUAAAGCUUUUAGUGACAAAUGUUUAGUAAAAAUGAAGGAAAACGCCGUACUUAAGUGGCAAAAAGUGUGCAAUCCCACCGGCCCACAACCGCGACCCCGACAUGGCCAUCGCGCGGUCGCCAUAAAAGAUUUGAUGAUAGUUUUCGGCGGCGGAAACGAAGGUAUAGUUCAUGAGCUUCACGUCUUCAACACCACCACAAACCAAUGGUUCGUGCCUGUAACAAAAGGAGAAGUGCCCCCGGGAUGCGCCGCCUACGGAUUCGUGGUGGACGGCACGCGCCUGCUGGUGUUCGGCGGCAUGGUGGAGUACGGCAAGUAUUCCAACGACCUCUACGAGCUGCAAGCCUCUCGCUGGGAAUGGAAGCGUCUGAAGCCGCUGCCGCCCAAGCAGGGUCUGCCACCGUGCCCCCGCCUCGGCCACAGCUUCACAUUGCUCAACGGAAAGGUAUACCUCUUUGGCGGGCUAGCGAACGAGAGCGACGACCCAAAGAACAACAUCCCGAGGUACCUCAACGAUUUGUAUACGCUUGAACUGUAUCCCAAUUCAUCUAUGACAGUAUGGGAUAUACCUCUCACAUAUGGUCAAUCGCCCCCACCGCGAGAAUCACACAGUGGCGUUUCAUAUACAGACAAAAACAGUGGCAAGUCUUCCCUUAUCAUCUACGGAGGCAUGAGUGGAUCCCGCCUGGGUGACUUGUGGGUACUGGAUGUUGACACAAUGUCAUGGUCUCGACCUGAAGUGGGAGGCCUGCCUCCUCUCCCAAGAUCUCUUCACACUGCCACAGUCAUCGGCCAUCAUAUGUAUGUCUACGGAGGCUGGGUGCCGCUCGUCCCAGAUGAAUCAAAACUUGCCACUCAUGAAAAAGAAUGGAAAUGCACAAAUACACUUGCCUCCCUCAAUUUGGAGUCGAUGACGUGGGAUAACAUUGCACUAGACAAGUUUGAGGAGUGCAUCCCGCGAGCCCGGGCCGGACACAGUGCUGUGGCUAUACAAACCAGAUUAUAUAUUUGGUCGGGCAGAGAUGGCUACAGAAAAACUUGGAAUAAUCAGAUUUGUUGCAAAGAUUUGUGGUAUCUGGAAGUGGGAGUGCCACCACAGGCCGGCAGAGUGGCCCUAGUACGAGCUGGCACUACUACUCUGGAGCUGUGCUGGCCGGCAAUGAACACAGUCACCACUUAUUUGUUACAAGUACAGAAAUGCGGCAAAGUGACACCUGCACGGUUCCCAGCCGCGGCAGAGCCCGUGGCUGCAGCGCCGCCCGCGUCGCCCGUGGCCGCCCAACCCGACGCUGCCAAAGCCUUUGGCCUCACGUCACCAAUAUCCAGUGGUUUACCUCCAACACCUACAAUGGAGCCAUUGUCCGUUCCCGGUCGUCCAAUCGCGGCGGCCCCCUCCCCAGUCGCCGCACCUAUCGUUUCUACGCCACAGAAAAUCGGCCCCGGUGCCAUUAAAGUUCCAGCACAGGCCACCGUUAAAAUAUCACCUAACACGCCCACAAUCAAACAUACUACUUAUCAAGGUAAAACAGUGGUGAAAUCGCCGGCGGGCACCGCAACACCGGGCUCGUCGCAACAGAUUAAGGUGGCCGCCGUCACACCACAGGGCGUGACGAGGAUCGUGAGCGGAGUGAGCACACCCGGCACGGUGCGCGUGUCCACAGCGCAAUCCAAUGCACAGAUCGUGAUCGGGUCGGGCACCGGUGCCGGCACCCCACGCUUCGUGCAGGUAAAGACCGGAGCCAGCGGCGGUGUGCCCGUGAAACUCGGUGCUGGCACGCCCGUCAAGCUCACCAGCGGGACGGUGCCGCUCAAGAUCGGCGCCGCCAAUAUCCAGGGCAAGAUUACUGCCAACAGCGUUCAGAAGGUCGGACAAGUCUCCACGACUCCGCUCAAGCUGAGCGCGGGAAGCAACGUGAAAAUCGGUACGAGCAACGUCCUCGUGAAAACCGCUGGCGGCGUGCCCAUUCAAGCCGGUGUCGCCAACCUGCAAGGUAAAGUCGCGGCCGGCGUCCCUGUGAAGCUGGGUGCCGGCAACCUGCCAGUGAUCGCCAGCAGCGGCGGCGCCAUACAGAUCGCGAGCAGCGCGCUGGGAGGGCAGCAGGUGAAGGCGCCCGUGUACAAGAUUGUGACGGCCAAGUCGGGCGAGCAAACAGCGACGGUGGCCACGACGGCGGGUGCAGCGGCCGGCGGCGCCACCGUGUUGCGGCAGGCGAGUGGCAACGCCGGCAUCCCCGUCAUCAUCAAGAAGACCCCCGGAGCCAACGCGCAGGCCGGUAACCAGCCGCAGUACGUGACGCUCGUCAAGACCUCCACGGGAAUGACGGUGGCGACGAUGCCAAAAGUGGCGAUGAUGCAGAACAGGCCCGCGGUGCCGGUGAGUGCGGCGCAGGGGCUCGCGCCCGGUGCCACCAUCGUGAAGCUGGUGUCGGCGAACACAGUGGGCGGCAACAAGAUCAUCACACUGCCCUCCAACAUGUUGCAGCUGGGCAAGACGGGCGUGGGCGGCAAGCAGACAAUCGUGAUCACCAAGUCGGCAGGUCAGGCGGCGCAGUCGAGUCAGCCGCAGUGAGCGGGCGACGAGUGUCGUCUGAGCUGUCCUGUCUAGCCGGCGUCGAGUGAGCGCGGCCGCGGGCGCCAGCGCUACGCUGUCGUGUCUCUAGGUUGCAAAUUCGAUGUGAAACAUUAAAGUGAUUCAGCCGGACUAUUAUAUACCUAUUUUAAAUCAUAUGGAUAGUUUAUGAGUUUUGUAUGUUAUAAUGGGUCUGUGUAGAAAGUGUCCUAGAGUUUUUACUAAAUAUUUUAUUUACUCUAUAAAAUGUAAUAUUACUGAUAGGUGUUUGUCUGAUUUACACACUGAACUCUGAACUUACAGAAUCUAUCUCAUUAUGUUUGAUGUUUUUACAAUGUACUAUUUUUCAUGUGAAGUCGCUGAUGCCUGCAGUCAUCAGCGAUGUAGUUGUGGACUUAUGCUGAAGUGCCUGUGCUGCAGUUGUUGUGCUCCAUGUGUAUCAACUAGUGACAUUGUUUCAGAAACAUUUCAUCAGGGCUUGCCAUCAAAAGCCUUCAUGCAUAGUUUCUGAAUACAGUAGGUCUUCAUUGUAAUUAUGUUGCUAGGUGGUCAUUUCUUGAAGCAAUACCAAUCAUAAUAAAUAUGAUGUAAUUAUGUCUAAACUUGUGUCAGGACUAAGAAAUUGUAUGUGGUCAUACAUGAUAGUAAUGUCAUUCCUGAGAAUGUUAUAACUUACCUUUUAUGUGAACUUUUUGUUCUUGCUAUUUUUAAUAAUUUAGUGUCUUCCUGUAUGCUUUGAUUGCAACUGCUGUAACAGACUUGAGUUUGCUGGAGUUUCAAGUGACUUGAUCAAAAUCUUUACCAGAUGACAGUGUGUAUUGUGCUAGAAUAAUUGUGUAAGCUUGUACCUGCCCCAGCCGGCCGCAACACAGUGCACCAAGUGUACCUUGCUGCUGGGUGGGACACUGUACCUUGUUUCAUAGUUUUAGUUAAAUCACAACAUAAUAUGCACUAUUUAAGUUUUAUAUGACAAAGCAUUGUUAAUGUUUUUUCUAUUUGGUGUUUUUGUUUAAUAAUGUUAUCAGAUAUUUGAUAUUGGAUCAGCUCUGUCACCUUUCAUGUUUUCUCCAACGCUGUGGACUUAUAUCUGAGGCUAUUUCCUAAAUCCUGAUCCAAUAUAAAUACACCAAACAAAAACACCGCCUUUUAUUAAUUAUAUGACACGCGAAAUUGUGCCUCUUGAGCGAUUCUCAAAUUUCAUAAUAAUACUUUUAUUCCAAUACUUGGCGCAUGAAUGGGCACUUCCAUUUAUACUAUGACAAUUUUAUUGAUAAAAUACAUUUAUCAAUGAUUGUUCUGUAAGAAAUAAUUGACAUAAAAAUGCAGAAUAAUAUUUUGACCUUUAUAAAGCUAGUGUCACAUGAGUAGCCUUGUUGGACUUAAGUGCUUCUAAUGAUGAAGGGAAGCUGUAAGGUAGUUAGCAUAAUUUACCUGUGUCGUACGUGGUUGCACUACGUGGCACUGGUGACUGGGCCCGGGGUGUAAAUUAUUUGGAAUUAUUUUUGUAUGUUUAGUUGUCGCCCCGAUGAAGUGGUAUUCUGCAUUUCUAUACUUAGGAUAAGCGUCCUAGAUGUAUGUACGUAGCGUAAUCAUUGUAAGGUAAGCGAGGUAUGGAUUGUAAAUAUCAGUAAGUAGAUAAAUUUAAUGUUAUAGUUUGUUCAUAUUAUGUUCAUUUGCUUGAAUAAACGAUUUGGAUAAA